AUGAGAAAGGACAAGAAAGACGAAGAAGCUGGCCUAGGCAACCCGUACAGCCACUUGGACAAAACUUCCGUAUUUCAAGAGGUAAAUUGAGUUUUUUGGUAUUUUAUUCUGUAUUUAGGCUCGAGCUUUCAACAAAACUCCAAUUGUUGUCCGGGAAUGUAAUGCCACUUUGUGCAAGAUCUUGUACUUGCUACAGAAUGGAGAAACUAUUGGAAAGACUGAAGCUACUGAUACUUUCUUCGCUAUCACAAAGUUAUGGCAAUGUAAAGAUAGUACUUUGAGAAGAUUGGUCUUUUUGGCUAUUAAGGAGCUGUGUCAUCAUUCCAACGAUGUUAUCAUUGUGAUCAGCAGGUAAUAUAGAUUUCUUUAAUUUUAUUUUGUAGCUUUAUAUUGUUCUACCUAUAUAUUAUGUUUAAUAUUGUUCUAGUUUGACCAAAGACAUGACUGGAAACGAAGAUGUAUACCGUGGCCCGGCUAUUCGUGCUUUGUGUCGUAUUACUGACAGUGGCAUGUUACAAGCGAUAGAAAGAUACAUGAAACAAGCUAUUGUAGACAAAGUUCCAUCUGUUUCAUCAGCAGCUUUGGUAUCGUCAGUUCACUUGAUGAAGAAGUCUCCAGAAGUUAUCAGACGAUGGGCCAAUGAAGUUCAAGAAGCCGUUAACUCUGACAAUCCAAUGGUUCAAUAUCACGCAUUAGGUCUUUUGUAUCAAAUCAGAUCCAAUGACAAGUUGGCUGUCUCGAAACUUUUGCACAAAUUCGGAAAAUCUGGCAUGAGAUCUCCAUUGGCCUUGUGUUAUUUGAUCAGAAUUGCUGCCAAUCUGAUUCAAGAAGAAGAAGCUACUGACAGAACUCCUCUGGCUUUUAUUGAGAGCUGUUUGAGACACAAGAGUGAAAUGGUCACUUAUGAAGCUGCUUCAGCCAUCGUCAGACUUCCUAACAUUACCAGGUGGCAAUAUUCAUUUAUUUUCAAAUUUAUUUAGGAAAGAUAAUACUUAUUGCAAAAUAUUAAAUGUUUUUAAACUAAUUAAGUUUUAGAAAAUUUGUUAAACAUGGUUUAUAUUGUGGUAUAAUAUUUAUUUUUUAGUGGUGAACUUGCCGCCGCCGUGAACGUUCUUCAGAUGUUCUGUUCAUCUCCAAAACCUUCUCUUCGUUUUGCUGCUGUGAGAACUUUGAACAAAAUCUCUAUCAACUAUCCGCAAGCCGUGAUGAGCUGUAAUGUUGAUCUAGAGCAACUUAUUACUGAUCAAAACCGCUCGAUUGCUACUCUGGCUAUUACCACCUUACUCAAGACUGGAGCCGAAUCUUCUGUGGAACGUUUGAUGAAGCAGAUCAGCUCUUUUGUUAGUGAAAUCGUCGAUGAAUUCAAGGUUGUUGUAGUAGAGGCUAUCAGGUCCUUGUGCUCACGGUACCCAAGAAAGCACGCUACUAUGAUGGUGUUCUUGUCUGCAAUGUUGAGAGACGACGGCGGGUUGGAGUACAAAAAGGCGUUGGUCGAUACUGUAAUUUCAAUUAUUGAAGAGAAUCCGGAAACUAGAGAAACUGGUAAGUUUGAUAAGAUAUUUACCUCUUUGUUUAUUUUUACCUUUUAACUUCAAUUUUGUUAAAUUUUAUCCUUAUUUGCAUAAUGUUGUCUAUCUUUUAGGUCUUGUUCAUCUCUGUGAGUUCAUCGAAGAUUGUGAACACAGCUCUUUGGCUAGCCGAGUUCUCCACAUCUUGGGCACUGAAGGUCCAAUUACGUCAGUUCCCGAAAAAUACAUUCGAUUCAUCUACAACAGAGUCGUAUUGGAAGCAACUGAGGUAAGUUCUUGGAUAGUCGAGUGGAUAAAGCGUUUACUAUUGUGCAAUUAGGUCGUUGGUUCGAUCCUUAAGAGGUGUUAGGGGUAGAACAAUGUGAAUUUAUAGGUUAUCGUAUUUGUAAAUACGCUAUUUAAAAUUAGUAGCACUGUAACUCAAUGAGGAAAUCAAAAGGCCGCUUGAAUGUAUUCUACAUGGAUAGGUACAGUCAUGACGAUACAAACAGAAGCGAAAUUCUGAGGGUUACAGUAAUAUUUUUAUAAAUUUCAUAAACCAGUUUGUUAAAUUUUUAAAAUAAGAUCGUUUUAAAAAAUCCUUUAAUUUUAAUUUAAUAAUCUUAUGUCUAGGGAUUUAAUAUCAAUUUAAUGCUAUUGUUUUAGAUCAGAGCAGCCGCCGUUACCGCUUUGGCCAGAUUUGGAGCUUUGUGUCCAAAACUUCGGCCAAGCAUUGAAGUUCUUCUCAAACGAUGCCUGUUGGACACAGAUGAUGAAGUCAGGGACAGAGCCACCUUCUUCUUGAGAACUCUCCAAUCUGAAGAUGCUGAAGCUGUCAACAAGUACAUCAUCAGCCCAUUGCAAGUAUCGGAUAUUGGACUAGAACGUGCUACUGAAACUUAUGUCAAGAAUGCUCAAUUCGACAAGCCAUUCGACCUCAAAGUGGUACCAGUCUCUGCUGCUCCAAUCACUCUCACUGAAUCCAAACCGUCGAGUUUAUCUGUGGAGCCAGUGGCAAAGAAGGAGGAAAAGAGCAAGGUCUCAAGACAGGAUCUGUUUGCUCGUAAGUUGAUGUUUAUAAGGUCAAAAAGUGGAUAGAAUGUUUAAAUUAACGUUUUGGUGAAAAUUAUAUUUUAAAAAUGGCUAUGUUAAUGUAAUUUCAUUUCAGAACAAUUGUUUGCCAUUGCCGACUUUGCUGAUCUGGGCCCACUGUUCAGAAGCUCGAAGCCAAUUGAACUAACUGAAUCUGUUACUGAAUAUGCUGUCACUUUGAUCAAACACACCUUCGCCGAAAAUAUUGUUCUUCAGUUUGAUUGCAAAAACACAUUGAACGAUCAACUUCUGGAGAAGGUUCACGUCGAGUUGGAGGCUUCAGAAGAAGAAGGAUGGGUUGUUCAGAAAGUUCUGCCUUUGGCCGCUUUGCCAUACGGAAACGAGAAGGGUACCACUUAUAUUUUGUUGGCCAUGCCUGAAGAUGGCGGGGUUAGUGGAACGUUUUCGGCCACCUUGAAGUUCAACGUCAGGGAUGUGGAUCCAACAACGGGAGAGCCGGAAUCAGAUGAUGUGUACGAUGACACGUUUGCUGUAGGUUUUUGGGAUGUUUUUAAUGAUUAUUGUUUGCGUUGAGCAGUUUACUUUGGUAUUGAUGGGGCUUUUAAAAUUUUCUUGGGAUUUUUGUUUAAAUUUGGCGUAUGAACUGAUAACUUUCUGUGAAGCUGUUUUUAACAAUGGCAGUAUAAAUUCAAAAACAGAGAUAAAGUUUUAUGUAGACAAUAUAAAUUGAAUUGGUUUGUUGCUACUUUCUAAAGGACAGUUGUAACUUCUUGAGAACAAAUUCAAUUUUAUUGUUGUGAGCUUCUUUAUGUACUUUUAAUGAUUAUGUUUAUGAUAUGUCACUUUGACGUCGACCUUUAAUUAUGUUGAUAUUUACAGCUUGAAGAUGUAUCGAUUACAUUGGCCGAUCACAUUUUGGCCGUCCAAAAACCAAAUUACUCUGGAGUUUGGGAACAGUUGGGAGAGGAGAAUGAAUACAAUGAAACGUUUGCUCUACCAGUCGCUUCGUUGCAAGGUAAUAAUUUUUAUCUUUAAGUUUGAACUUUUAUAGAAAAAUUUUUUAAAUUUAGGUAUUUUUCGAAGAAAUGAUUGAAAUUUUUUGAAAUUUUCAGAAGCCGUGUCAAAACUACAAGACUAUUUGGGAAUGGCUGCAUGCGAACACUCGGAUAAGAUUGUAGAAGGCAAAUCUCAACAUCAGUUGCUACUGAGUGGAGUCUUCAGAGGAGGUCUGGACGUGCUGGCUCGAGUUCGAAUGGUUCAAGACCAAGUGGAUCAAAUUGUCAAUAUUAAUGUUAUUAUUAGGUAAGUAUUUUCAUUUUUUAUAAGAUUUUUUUGCAAAAUUCUUAUGUAAAAAAGAAAUUUUAUUUUUGUAUAAGAAGUUUGUUUCAUAUGUUUCACAUGAAAACAGUACUAAAGUUGUACUUUAACAAUGAGAGAAUGGUCAGUCUUUUGUUCUCGAGUUGUUAUCAGUAGUUUGUGGGGUUUCGCUGUUUUUAUAAAGAGUGAUACUGAUGAUAAGAUAACAAAAACAGACGUGUGUACAUUCUUUUUAAUUUGUUUUCUCAUCAACGUUAUUACUUUUUUGUUUUUCAUCAGUUUUUGAUGAAAUAGUGCUGAUUAUUACUGUUAUUUUCGUUAAUAGUAACAAAUGGUUGGGUUUUUAUCAAUGACUGAUUGGGUCUUCAAUAGAAUUUUCUUUAAUAGAAGUAUAUGAUUAUUGUGAAUAUUUGAUAAUAGUGAAUGUUUUCAGAAGCGAAGACGGAAACCUAAGCGAAUUGGUGGGCGCGUCAAUCAGUUAA